AUGCAAGUGGAACAUGAUCUAGAAUUAAAAAUAUACUUAUUGUCAAUUUUAAAAGAGCUUGUUAUUGAAAAAAACAAAAAAAUCAAUACUAUUAAUGCAGUUAUGAAAAAUCAAAAAGGUAUAAGAGAUAUGUUAGCUGCUUUACAAGUAGAGUUUGCUAAUAAAAUUAAUUAA